AUGGCCGAAAGCGGUACCACUGAAAACAAGAUGUAUCUCCUGGUUUUAGAUGCCUUUUCCAUAUGGGUAGAAAACGAAGAAGUGAGGGGAUUAACAACCCAAGUCGUGAUAAAAAUGUUGAAAAAACUUUGGGCCCGGUUUGGAGUAGCUAAUAUAAUAUUUUCGGAUGGGAGUCAGACCUUCAUAAGUGGUCAGUUCAAGUUAUUUUGUGAGGAAACAGGAGCGAGACACUUUAGCGCCUCCAUACCAUUCAAGCUCAAACGGCCAGGCAGAAAGAAUGGUAGCACUUGUGAAGAGCUGGUUAAGAAAAUCAAACAAUUUCUAACAGUUAAUGAAGUCCUAUCCAUGCUUUUCGAUAAUAUCCCUGUUUAUAAAACAGAUGUUGUAAUUAUACCUCCUAAUGCUAGCAAUGAAGAAGAUUUCGGUGAAAACGAUCUAACUGACACGCCUGAUCUAGAUAGAGAUCGAAAUCUAAUAUCCAGCAGACAUUGA